UCGUCUGCAAAUUGUAAACAUGGCGGAGAGUGGGGGCUUGGCCAGAGUUUUGGGGAAAGCAGGGUUUGACCCUAAACCAUUUGUUAAUAGCAUUUCCCAGGGAGGCGAGGAAGACCUGCAGAAUAACAGAAGAAAAAUACAAUCCUUAGCAGAAGAUACAGCCCAGGCCUUGAAGAAGAAUGUUUACAGGAACUAUUCACAGUUUAUUGAGACUGCCAAGGAGGUGUCCAUCCUUGAAGGAGAGAUGUACCAGCUGAGUCACAUGUUGUUGGAACAGAAAGCUAUCAUGGGGGCUAUGUUGGAAACUUCUCUCACAAGUGACAAAAUUGAACUUCCUAAGGAGAAAGUAAAAGAGGAAACCCCAGAAGAAGACACAAGGAGAAACCUAGCUUUCCUUUUGGAGAAAGUGGAGGGAUGUUCCAGUAUCACAGAGGUGCCUGGGCGCCACCUGAUCCACAACGGAGACCUUGUAGAACUGGACCCAGAGAGUUACUCCGCUCUGAAGAAAGUCCACGCUUUCCUCCUGAAUGACAGCUUGAUGAUUGCUGACUGGUUGCCCUCCAGGAGGGGACCAGUUCGCUAUAAGUUCCAGGUCCUGUACGAGUUGGAUAGUUUUGCUGUGGUCAAUGUCCGUGACAUGGGAUCAGUCAGAAAUGCCUUCAAAAUACUCAUGUUUCCUGACAGCAAGCUUUACCAGUGUGACACGCCCAAGGCAAAGAGAUCAUGGCUGGAUGUCAUAGAAGAGACCAAGAAAAAGAAGAUGGUGUCAGACACGCUGAAAAAGGAGGUGGCACAGGUGGCAGAGCGAACCAGCACGUUAUCAGUGGAUUCAGGGAAUCCAUUUAAUGAAGAUGAUGAUGAGCCAGAUGAGUCGCUAACCAUUCCAUCUGAGGUGGACCUGUUAUUAAAAGAAGAAUGGGUCCAAGACCUACCCGAGGACCUGGAUGUGUGCAUAGCACAGAGAGACUUUGAAGGAGCUGUGGAGUUGAUUGAUAGAGUCAAUGAACAUUUACAGAAGAUUCCAAAUUCAGCCUCUGUCAAAGAGUACAGAGUACGUAUUGACCACAGAGUAAAACAACUCACAGAGGUGCUGAUGCACGAGCUGCAGGUGUCUCCAGAGAGAUCUUUGAGAGGAGGACCACGUGCUGCACGCCGCGCGGUCACGCACCUCGUCAAGCUGGGUAAAUCAGCACAGGCUUGUGAUUUAUUCCUCAAAAACAGAAGUGCCAUCAUUAAAUUCAACCUGAAGCAGCUGAAGUUUGAAGGGGCCACUACCAUCUACAUACGUACAUUGUGCAAUGUGUUCUUUAACACCCUGAAAGAAACUGGGAAGGAAUUCAUGAAGGCAUUUCCAGAGCAUUAUGCUUGCUUCUCAGCCUUUGUAGUCUGGGUCAGUGAAGAGUUGCAGUCAUUUGUGAGUUUAUUUGGACGCCAGGUAUUUGCCAGUCAAAUGAGUCUCACCACUAUAGCAGACUGUGUGAAGUUAGUCAGGGAACACUGCAAUCAGCUGAGUGAUAUAGGACUAGAGUUGACCUUUAAUCUCAACACCAUGCUGCUACCAGAUGUGGAGAAGACAGUGGCAGACAACAGAGACCAGCUGAUAGAGGCUACCAAGCUCAGAGCUGCUGACGACCUGUGGCGCCCCAUCAACCUCCAUGAUGAAGAUGCUGUUGAUAAGUUUGUCAGCGAGUUAGAAGAUCUGGGUAUAGCACACAUGGACAAGUACAUCUACAAUGGCUGUCUCAUAGCACUCACCACCAACACAGUGCAGUUCACUAGAUCAUACCUCUCAUUUCUUGAUGAUCUCCUGAAACUGUACAUCCCAGAGCUUCACCACCUGGUGGUCACCUCGCUGGUGGCCAUCUUUAAAAGCCAGUGCAAGCACAUGGAGACUUCGCUGAACUCGCAUAAAUUCCUGCGUGAGCAUGAUUCUCUGUUUCUGAGCACAUUGGGUUUUCUCAAUGAGGCCCUUGUGCCACUGGUGGAGGAAAGGGUUAAAGGUCACACUCAGCAGGAUUGCACAGAGUUUGACGCUGUGCAUCAGGAGCUGAAUAAUAUUGAAAGAAAGUUAGUUUUUAUUUUACAGCUUCUUUCUUGGGUGAUCAAUUCUUAUUUGUAGCUGUGAAACAAAGACUUCUAAUUAUUUAACAGUUUCUUUCUUGGGUGAUUCAUUCUGAUUAGUUGCUGUGAAAUAAAUUUAAUUAUUACAUUUUAUUUAAUGGCUUCUUAUAGGCUGGCAUUUGGAUCUCCUUGAUGAUAAAAAGUUGAUUUUCGUUUUAUAGCUUCUUCAUUUGGUGAUGGGACCUGCUUUAGACAAGUUAUUUUUUUAUACUGCUGCCUCAGAUUGGUUUUAUUUGAUUUACCAAAUUUUUGCAACACACUAACGGACACAGUGUUGUUGAUUACAGUGUACAUCCAUUCUAUGAUUGUAAUUUUAUAUUGUAAUAUUUACAGAUUAUAAAAGGUUUCCAGUGAAUGAUUUAGUGUAACUUACUAUAUUUUAAUACUCUCCUUAGUUUUAACAUCAUCUUGAUUAAGGUUAAGAUAUGGCUGCAUGAAAGUAAACUAAGUAAACUGAUUAAUAAGCAGUUUUGUGGUACAUGUAUUAGGCAGUCUUUUACAGAGAAUAACCAAGAUGUGAAAACUGAAUUAUUAUUAUUAUAAAUCUUCAGCCAAUUUGUUGAGAGGUUUUAGCCAAUUGGAUUGUAAUUGCUUCAUCAUAUUGUCUGUAGCAGCAGUUUUGAAAAGCUAGCAAAACCCUUUAAUUUAAAUAAUUAAAUUUAGUUUAAACUAAUGAGCAUUUUUUGCCUCACCCUGCUACUCCUUGUUUAUAUUUGCUAUAUCAAAUUGAAAAAUUAUAAUUUUUUAUACCGUCAGUGAUAUUAAUUGAUGACUGUUCCCCAAGCACCAGAAUUUAUUGAUUUUAUUUAUAAUUUCUGAUGAAGGAAUAAUAUAGUAUCAUAAUUUUGGAAUUUCAGCGAAAAGUUUCACAAUUUAUAUUUUAUUCUGAUUCUUAAUUGUAUCAUAAACUGCACUGUGUGAUUGAAUGUUUAUUCCUUAAAUGUGUUUUCUUGUUGCACAGCUGCUUGCUUCUCUAGGUGUUUUCCAAGCAAUUUUUUAAUUUCUUAACUAUCUACUUUUAAGUAAAACUAUCGUGCUUGGUGUAAUAUAUUGUGUCGUUUCUUUGUCCAAUUUUACAAAGAUCAUAUGCAGUUCGUUACUUCAUGUUUUAACAAGCCUGUCUCACAGUGAAAUAUAUAUGUCAUUGAAACAUCUAACACCAUGUCAUUAUCAUAUCAGAAUUAAUGUCAGUGUUUGCAAUUACACCUAACACCAAAUUACACCAAACUAACUGUUUUUGUGCCUAUUUAAGUUCAAGGCCUUUUCAACGUUUAACGCAUAAUGAAUGGAGUUAUAUGUAAAAAUGUGCUAUGUGUUAUGCUGUCAUGCCUGUAACAAUACUGUGUUCAAUAUUCCAGCAUGAUUUCAUCGUAAAGAAUGCCAAGUUUCUGGCCAAGUCGGUACUUCCUGUUGCGGAGAAAAUGUUCAAGGAAAAACUGGGGCAUAC